GUCGGGUCGCGUUGUGUGUGACGUCACGCGCGUGAGCUUUGAAAAUAAGCGCGAGGAGGAACCGUCGCUCGAAUCGCGAGUUUUCGCAGUUUUUUUCCCCGAUAAACAUACAAACAAAUCAAUAAAACUCGCCGUAUUUCUGAUACACCUCAUCAUGGCGCUCCUGACUCCGUACAGUAAAGUCCCGGAGCUGAACACCGCGACUGUGCUCCUGGUUGAAAACGAGGAGGAGCUGCAGUCCAAACUAGCCAACGCCUUAGUGCGAAAUGAGAAUGAUUUCAACGUCAAUGUGCGUUUGGCCAGAAAACUCCCUCUGCCUGUUGAGAACAAGGAAACCCGUCCUCGCAUUGAUUUAAUAGUGUUUAUAGUGAAUCUGCUGUCAGAGCGCAGUCUGCAGUCAGUGGAAAGCUCUCUCGCUCAUCUGCACUCAGACUGCUUCCUGGGGAAAGUGUGUUUCUUGGUCACUGAUGACGGCAGAUGGUGUGAACGCAGCAGCCGUGCGGCUCCUGAACAUCUUGAAGGUGUCGGCGGGAAUGUCGCCCAUAGCAACCACCGCCCUCUAUCUGUCCUCUCUGACCCGCUGCUCGGUGACCUCUGAGCUUGAAGAGGACUGACCUCCAAUAGGAUCAAUUAAGAACUACAUUAAGACUCGAUUCAUUACUUUGAAUUUCCACACAGGAAACACAAGUUGCAGAUAAUCACACUGGACUGCAGAUUAGUUCACUGUUAUUUUCACAUCACUGCCCAUGAAAUUUACCUUGCCAUGGGACUUUAUUAAAUACUGUGUGUUUUCAUGGCUGCCCAGCGUUCAUAUUCAGCUCUUGUAAUGAAUUAACACAUCCAAAUCAGCAGGGGGAGCCAUUGGGUAGCGAAGGAAUUGCUUCUAACAUAGUCCCCACAUAAUUAUCCUUUUACAAUAUUUAUAAAUACAAUAAUUGAAUUUUUAUUGAAAUGAAUUUAAUUUCUUACAUAUAUUUACUACAAUACUAGUAAAAAGUUUGGAUGUACUUGGUGAGCUUACUAUUAUUAUUAUUAUUAAUAUUCCCAUGUUUUCCCAGUUUUAAUGGCUUAACUAUUGUUAUAAAAUAAAAAAGAAUGAGUAAAUAAGUCAGAAAUUGACUGGUACUC